AUGGAUGUUUUUCUUAUUGCAAUUAUUUUAAUAUCUAUAAUCCUACUGAAAAAACUCUUCACUCCUGCUGUUAAUCCAUAUCGCUACCCGAAAAUUCGUAAUUGGGCUGAACAGGGAAGAUAUUUUAAUUUUAACGGUUAUCCAAUAUUUUACUAUGAUUCCGCCUUACGUGAUAAGUCAGCUGGUAGAAAACCGACGUUAUUGCUUUUACAUGGAUACCCAACCUCAUCACUAGAUUGGUUGCUCAUGCGAGACGACUUAGAACAACAGUUUCAUAUUAUUGCUCCAGAUUAUAUUGGCUACGGUCUAUCAGCCAAGCCUGUCUCCUUCUCGUAUACAAUAUCUGCUCAAGUUGAUAUGAUAGAGCAAUUACUGAGCUCGUUAGAAUUGUGCCAGUUUCAUAUUAUAGCGCAUGAUGUUGGCGAUACGAUUGCUCAAGAAUUCUUAGCAAGACAAUGCGAUCGUAGGCAAUACAUCAUUCAAUCGACUAUAUUUCUCAAUGGUGGGCUAUUUCCAGAAACACAUCGUGCAUUUUUCAUGAUGAAAAUGCUUAAGACACCUAUUAUUGGCGUCAUUCUUCAAUUUAUCAUACCACGAACAUUGUUUGGCUCAGCUAUCAAUCGAGUAUUCGGUCCAUCAACCCAGAGAAGUCAACAAGAAUUAGAUGAAAUCACUAACCUAUUAUUUUACAAUGCUCCAUACAAUCUCUUACAGCAAUUACAAUGCUAUAUCAAUGAACGAGUUAGAAACAGAGAUCGAUGGGUCAAUGCUAUGAACACAGUACAAACAUUCAAGGCAAAUCCUAUACGAAUCAGGCUUAUCAACGGGCCCAUUGAUCCUAUAAGUGGACGACAUAUGGUAGAUCGAUAUCGAGAGGUCAUCGCGAAUCCUGAUACAUGUCUACUGAAUGAUAAUAUCGGCCACUACCCGAACUUAGAAGAUCCUGCAAAUACAUUGAAAUAUGUUUUUGAUUUUCAUAAUUCGAUUUCAACUUUCAACGAAUAA